AUGCUCUGUGAAAGCAGACUUUGGAGCUUAAUCUUGUGUCAAGACUCUGAUCAUAUGGAUCCUCCUCCAACACUCUAUUCAGAUAUAGCCCCCAAAACUUCACCCUUACCCAACUACUCCUCUACCCAAACCCCUCUUCUCUCUCACUCGCCUUCUUCUCCCUCCAGCCCCUCUGAGAUCUCCCAGCCCCGACAGGGAGACCCCCGCAGUUUCUCCCACAGCGUGGAGAUCCCGGGUCGGGCUGGGUCAGGGGGCCCAGAAGCCUUCUUGGUUCCGUCCAGCUGCCACAGCAUCUGUCAGCACUACAGUGAUUUACACAUCGCUGGAGGACAGGUUCUUCCCCUCAGCCCAAACACAGGAGACCUGCCAUGCUACCAUAGUCAGGACCUCCAGCCCGGACCUUUCUUAAUGUCCAGAGAUGUGCCUCCACCUUCCCUGCCCCCUCCUCCUGCAGCUGGUGGGGGUGGUGAGGGAGGGUCUCGGCGUUGGAGGGAGGGAAGUGGACGGGAGCGCCAGUCUUUACUCCAACUUGGGAGGCCGCUGUCUAAUUCCCAGUUGAACAGUUACCUGGAACAGAAGCUUCUGGAGUUGUAUAAACAGUACUUGACCGAAGGGCCAGCAGAUCCCCGACCCGUUAUGGCCUCUGAGCUGCUCCAAACCAGUUUGGACCAGAUCACGCUACAACUGAGUCGAGAGCAGAACCUUGAGACAAGCAGGGCGAAAGACAUGGUCCUGAGCUGCUUGCUAAGGGUUACCAGCGCUCAACAAUCCAGUGAGAUCAUCACCACUCCACUACUACAGAUCUCCACGGAUACAAACUGA